UUGUUGCUGCUGAUACAUAAUUAGUAAUAGAACUGUAUUUUACGGUAAUAAAUAAAAUGAAUAAAUUAUUUUAUAUCUUUACUAGAAAAUUAACACAUAUUUGUAAUUUAAAACCAUAUAAAGACACAAAGUGGCUAAUGCCAAAUGGAAAUCCAAUUGGAGUCUAUAUUUACAAUUGUGUUGCUGAAGAAAAAGUUCCUAUUAUAUUAAAUGAUCCAACUAUAGCUACUUGGUAUUCGUGUGGUCCAACAGUGUACGAUUCGGCACAUAUCGGACAUGCUAGUUGCUAUGUAAAGCUAGAUAUUAUUCAAAGAAUAUUAAAAUAUUUUUUUAAUAUUAACCUCGUUACCGCUAUGGGAGUUACCGAUAUUGACGAUAAAAUAAUCAAAAAAGGUCAUGAGACUAAAACCGAUUACAGAACCGUCGCUAAAAUGUAUGAGCAUGAGUUUUGGAUGGAUAUGUCAAGUUUAAAUGUGGAAAAACCUAUGAUUGUGACAAGGGUAUCAGAUCAUAUUGUAACGAUAAGUCAAUUUAUUAAAAGCCUCAUUGAUUCUGGAAUGGCUUAUGUAGCCAAAGAUGGCUCAGUUUAUUUUGAUACCUCAAAAUUCCCUGCAUAUGGAAAAUUACAAAUAAUGCAAGACAUUGGUGAAGCUAGUGAUGAUGCUAAAAAAAAUAAAAUGGACUUUGCUCUUUGGAAGGGAUAUAAGCCAGGUGAACCAUCUUGGCAAACAGAAUGGGGUGAAGGAAGGCCAGGAUGGCAUAUAGAAUGUUCCGCUAUGGUCAGUAAAAUAUUUGGUUCCCAAGUUGAUUUUCAUGCUGGUGGUAUUGACUUACAAUUUCCACACCAUGAAAAUGAAGAAGCUCAAUCUUGUGCCUAUCACAAUUCAAAGCAAUGGGCAAAUUAUUGGGUUCAUGUUGGACACUUAAAUCUUAAAGAAACUAAAAUGUCGAAAUCUCUAAAAAAUACAUUGUCUAUACCUAGUAUAUUAGAAAAAUAUAGUGCAGACACAUUUAGAAUGGCAUGUUUAAUAUCGAAUUAUAGGUAUUCUAUGGAGUACAGUGAUGAACUGAUGUUAACUGCAGAGGAUAUCCUAAAAAAGUUGAAAUUCUUCUUAAAAGAUGUAGAAGUAUAUGCAAACCAAGAAAAUCCAGAAGUUGGAGAUUAUAAUAAUCAGCUAUUGAAUGAUUUGCAAAAAGUUAAAGAAAGUAACUUAGAAUCUUUAAGAACAGAUUUUGACACAGCUUCUUGUAUUAAUUUGAUUCUAAACUUAGUUAAUAAUACAAAUAAAAUAAUCAAAACUAGUACAACUAAUUAUUACCCAGUCCCUGUUUUACUAAUUGCAGAAUAUAUAACGCAAGUUCUAACUAAGUUUGGGUUGAAGUUGUCUGAAUCAUCAAGAGAUAAUGUUACAAACACUUUUAUAGAUACUUUAGUUGAAUUUAGACAUACAGUGAGGUCGAAUGCUCUGGAAAGAAAAGAUAAGGAACUAUUAAAUGCUUGUGAUAUAGUAAGAGAUAAAAUGAAAUCAAUGAAAAUUCAAAUCAAUGACAGCAAAAAUCCCUCAUGGGUUACCAUAAAAUGAAAUUAUUAUAAUUAUAAUAGUUAUUAAUAUUUCUUAAAAGCAGU